CAAGGGAAAAAGAAAAAGCAGAAAAGGGGGCGUGUACUUCCUGUCUUGUAUCAUCUGUGAUUGGUUGUAGAGAUUUAUUGAUUAUUGAUCUGUGCUGUGUUCUCUGCUCUGUGAUUUGCAUGUUGGUGAACAAAAGAACAAAUUAAUUAUAAAACAAAAACUGUGAAAUACGUAUGUCUUCAAAAUAGAAAACUUUAUUGACAAAACGAGCUGUCUGUCAUGUUUCUUUGAGUUUUUACUGAUUCAUGUGGUUACAUCAGAUUUUAUAAGUUUUGAUAUAUUUAAAAUUCCUCCUCAAAUUCAGUUUAAUUAAAGUUAAAUGUGUAAAAAUGCGAUUAAAUAAAAAUGCUUGAGGUCAUGUGAUUUAUUUUAUUUCAUUCAUUUUUUCUCCUGAAGAAGGUUUUAGCAACGCGUCCAGUGAAAACACGCACACGUGGUGGGUAACUGGAGGUAAUUACUUUUUAAAAACAAGAAAACCAUUUCUGUCGGGAAUAAAUGAAAUAUGAACACUUUGUGAAAGCUAGUUUGGGCUCAGAGUUCAGAUGUGAACCAGAUGUUUGUAUGUUUUAAUAUUUAUUCUGUAAACUAAGAUGUAACAUUUGAAACUCGGUCAGGAAUAAAAUACUGAAUCCUUCUGAUGCGGUUUUGCCUUAAAGGGGUCCAGUCUAAUCGAGUCUGAACACUGCAGGUCCGUAAUGUUCUACAAAGGUUCGUUUUUAAUUGUAAACUGUUGCUAAAAACCCCAAAUCAGACAUCUCCUGGCUUUGGCUUUCGAUCACCAUGGUAACCACGGCAGGUCACCAUGGUAACCGCCCUCACCUGCAGGGGGCAGCGGAGAUGUGCUUUGGCUGCAGGAGAAGAAGAGGAGACCGGAAGCGAGGCAGCAGCUGGACGCGCAGCGGAGUCCGGAGCUGGUCACAUGUCGGUGCAGGUGUGGUGCCUGUCGUUCCGGCAGCCGUACGCCGGUCUGGUUCUGGACGGGGUGAAGACGGUGGAGAGCCGCUGGAGGCCCCUGCUGGCCCCGCUGGAGAACCGGACCCUGGCCGUCCACAUCGCCCGGCGGGACUGGGAGGGGGAGGAGUGGAGGGCGGUGCUGAGCGGCCCGCUGGGAAUGAACCGCGCUCAGAUCCACGAGCUCCUGGAGUCCGGAGACCGGUUCGGCCGCGGCGUGGUGGCAGGAUUGGUGGAUGUGGGAAGGACCUGGCUGUGCCCCGCCUCCCUGCAGGAGGAGGAGCUACAGCACCUCGAGCGGUCGGCCGUUCUGAUUGGUCUGCAGGAGAAACACCUGACUCACCUGUCCAACCCUCGCUGGCUGAAGGAGCCACUGAGCACUCGAGGAGGUCGCGACCUCUGGACGGUGGAGAUCCCCGCCGAGCUGUUACCAUGACGACAGGCACGUCUGCUUAAUGAAUAAUAACUCAUAACCGACUUCGAUCAACCCUCUGAUCCCGAGUCAGCCGAGACCACAAAGUGUUUGUCGUUUCUUUGUUAAUAAAGUUUUUUUGUAUCAGG